CUGAAUGGUGAUGAUGAUGCGCUGCUUCAGUCCGUUCAGAGCCGGACUCGGACUCGGACUCGGACUCGUCGCUCGCCGCUCAAUCCUACCGCCAACCACCACCGCCAACGCCGCCGCCUCACUGUCACCCAUCCUCAUCGCUGCUUACCACCAUGCUGCUCGUCGUUGCAGUGGCGCGACUCCAGCAGCAGCAGCAGCAGCAGCAGCAGCAGCAGUACGUCUGCCCGCCUGCCGCUCAAUCUCAACGUCCCCCUCAACGACCAGUCGCAACCAUCGCAAUUCAACUUACCCGUCCAUCGCAGCUACUGCGACGGUCGCGACCGGAAUCGCAACUGCAAUGUACUACUACUACUCGGAUGAUGGAUCGGAUGGCAAUAAUGAUAACAAUGACGAGAAUCAGAGCUCGGGUUGGAUUGCUUGGAUUCGCUCGCUGUUCGUGCCGGCAACCGUACUCGCGCGAGCGGCUGCUGCUGCUCCCAACGAGGAAGAUCAGCCCUCGAAUGUCAAGUAUCAAGUGAAUGUCGAGACCAAACCCUCAUCCGCCGAUGAAUCAGAUGCUGACGACAACAACGACGACGACGACAAGACCUUGUCCGGAACCCGCCCUACUGUAGCUCUCGUGGACGAAUCCCCGACAAUGUUCUUCUUGAAGCUCCUGCUGCCCGAUCUCUUCUUGCUGGCGAUUGCCGUCGCCGCCAGCUUCGGCUCAGCCAUCUGCAACGUUCGCAUCCCCCUGUUGCUCGGCGACUUGGCCAACUUGGUGUCUCGGUCUGCUGCGGAUGGCGACUUGACUUCGGUCUCGAUCGCAGACCUGCAGCUGCCUGCUCUGCGCCUCAUCUCCAUUUACACCUUGCAAGCCGGAUUCACUUUCAUCUACAUCACGCUCUUGUCGCUUGUGGGCGAGCGUCUGGCCGAGCGUUUGCGGCUUCGUCUGUUCAACUCGCUCCUGCGUCAAGAUGUUGCCUUCUUUGAUGCGCAUCGCACCGGCGAGGUCCUGACACGACUCACUGCCGACGUUCAAGACUUUAAGAGCUCGUUCAAGAUGAUCAUUUCUACUGGCCUCCGCAGCGGCACCCAGUUCGUCGGCAGCGUCGUUGCUCUGCUGACCAUCUCCUCCCGCCUCACCACCGUCCUGGUGAUCAUCAUCCCUGCCAUUGUGGGAGCCGGUGCAAUCUUUGGCUCUGUGCUGCGUCGGCUGUCACGAUUGGCCCAGUCGCAGGUUGCGAUCGCUGCAGCCACUGCCGAAGAGGCGCUUGGCAACAUUCGAACGGUGCGUGCCUUUGCCAUGGAAGACCGCGAAGAGGCUGUCUUCACCCGCGAGGUCGACCGCUCUCGCUCCCUGAACGUGAUUCUAGGCGCCGGCAUUGGCGUCUUCCAGGCAGUCUCCAACCUCGCGAUCAACGGCAUUGUCCUCGCUGUCCUCUAUGUGGGCGGCACGUUUGUCGUCAAUCGCGAAAUCACGGCUGGCAACUUGACCUCCUUCCUCGUCGCCACCCAAAGCAUUCAACGCUCGCUCUCGCAGCUCUCCAUUCUGUUUGGUGCUGUCGUGCGAGGCAUGUCCGCCGGCGCGCGUGUUCACGAGUACAUUCGCCUGCAGCCAACCAUCCCCGUUCGAGGUGGAAUCUCGCUCGAUAAUGUUGUUGGCGAUAUCGAGUUCCGCAACGUCUCAUUCCGCUACCCGACUCGACCGGAGCAGCUGGUGCUCGAUCAACUGAAUCUUCGUGUCAAGCCUGGCACUGUUCUCGCUCUUUGUGGCGCAUCGGGUGGCGGCAAGUCGACCAUCGCGGCGUUGCUCGAGCGGUUUUACGACCCAGUUCUUGGUCAGGUGCUGUUGGAUGGGUUUGACAUUCGCACUCUGGAUCCUUCUUGGCUGCGCGGCGAGCUGAUCGGGUACAUCAACCAAGAGCCCGUGCUGUUUGCGGGCAGCAUUCGUGACAAUAUUCGCUAUGGCCGGCCCAACGCUACGGACGCCGAGAUUGAAUAUGCUGCCCUUCAAGCGAAUGCAGACGGUUUUAUUCGCAACUUCCCGAACGGCUAUGACACGAUUGUUGGAGAGCGGGGCGUUACUGUCUCCGGCGGUCAAAGACAACGCAUCGCAAUUGCCAGAGCCAUUCUGAAAGACCCCAAGAUUCUCAUUUUGGAUGAAGCAACAAGCGCACUGGACGCUCAAAGCGAAAAAUUGGUGCAAGAAGCCCUUGACCGGUUGAUGAAAGGCCGAACGGUGGUUGUGAUUGCACACCGCCUCAGCACCAUUCAGCGAGCGGACUGCAUUGGUGUCGUUUAUGGCGGACGCAUUGUUGAGCUCGGGCGCCAUCAGGAACUCAUGGCUCGCAAGGGACUGUACUCUGAGCUCGUCCAGCGACAAAUGCAAAAGGAGUCCGAUGCCAAGUCGCAUUGAUCUUGGCGAUUGUGCUUGCUCAAUUGCUGUGCAUUGCUGCUCUACGUGCUCAAUACACAGUUUCGGUUGAAAA